AUGAUCUUGUGUAUAGUGAUCGGAGGGAUACUUGCUGUUGUUGUUCUUGUAGUUUGCGUUUAUAAGGCAGCGACGCCGAGAAGGAGAUAUAACGAAAUCACGAACGUUUCAUUCAUCGCGCCAGAAAUCCCAUUUGGGCAAACGUUUCAUAAGGUCGAAACACUGCUAGCGAAACCAAUGGGAGAGACUUCGAUAUUCAUCGACGUUCCACGACUUGCGACGAAGUUGAUAGUUAAAGUUGAAGGGAAAACAGUGAUAGAAGGCCCAGAGAUCUUAAAGCGACAUGACAAAGAACAAUAUUCGAUUGAAUUGACUCUGAAGGAAACGGUAAGCGAGUUAAUACGAAUCUUCGACGGUGCGGAGUUAAGUCGAAAGUUCUCCGAGAAGUUUGAAGAGACGUUUAAGUAUAUCACAACAAAGAGCGAAGGAGACUGUGCGAUGUUUUUUAAACAAUUGUGUUACUCUGUCUUCACAGAGGACGCGAUGACACUCUUUGUGAUGAAAACAUUCACACAAGGACUCUUUGCGAGUGCCGUAGAAUAUAUGAUGCCGUUACGAACGAAACAUAGAUAUCAUGAUGGAUAUUCGGGGUGGAAUGUCCAAGUCGAAAUUAAUGGAGAUCAUGUCAGCGUGAUUCAUAAGAAGGGAGAAACAUCAUAUAAAGCGGACGCAUUUGAUUUUGAAUGGUGUUUAACGUAUGGAAUGUCUUUAUCGAAGAAAAGAAUCACUGAUAUGGAGCUCAAAAUUAUUAAUACCCAAUUCAGAAAUUAUUCGAAUGAUUUGCAACUCGACUUUUUGGCAUAUGUCGAAAAAAUUAAUAGAGAAGCACAUUCAGAAGGCCUCAAUUGA